AUGUGGAUUAUUGGCAUUAUAUACGCUAUUCUAGCUUCUAUUUUUGGAGCAUUGGGAGAUGUUUUAGUUAGACUAAGCUUUAUAAAGGAGAAAAAUUUUCCAGAACAAGAAAGAAGACCAUUAUACCUUCGUCCUAUAUGGAUUAUAGGGAUAUUUUCAGCUGUUAUUUUAAAUGUAAUAUUAUCUUUUGCAAGUCUUCGUUAUGCCUCAGCCAAUAUUAUCACACCAUUUGCUGGUUUACAUAUAUUUUGGGCCUUUUUAUUUGGUCAAAUUUUUCUGAAGGAAAAUAUUAAUAAAUUUCAUAUAUAUGGAGCAAUCUGUGUAAUAUUUGGUCUCAUUUUAGUUUUACUGUUUGGAAUCCAUGAUAUUCAAGAGUUUAACAUAUUUCAAUUAAUAUAUAUGUAUAGUCAACCUAGUUUUAUAUUUUGCAGUAUAACAUCUUCAAUUCUACUUGUUAUAUUUAUUUAUAUUGCUUUGUUUGGUAUAGUAGGUGAUUGGAAAACAAUUUCUUAUGAUGAAUCUGAAGGUGAUAUGAUAUCUAAUAGUCCAGAUAAUUUGAGUUAUUUAGAUACAACUAAUGCAAAUAAUACUGUAAAUAUAGAUAAGUUGAGCUCAAAUGAAAUAAAUAAUAAAUUAGAGAAAUAUUCUAGUGUUAUUGAAAAGCAUAACAACGAUUUCUUAGAAAUAUUAGGAAAUUCAAAUUUAAAGAGUGGAGUAGAUAAACAUUUAAAUGGAACAUCAUGUUUAGUGAAUAACGAUAAUUCAGAGAUAGCUGCAAAUGUACUAAAUAUAUAUUCAACAAUUAAAUAUCCUAAAGAAAAAAAUUAUAUUAAGUCACUAUAUCUUAAUAUUUCUAAUAAGAAAGAAGUUAUAAUUUCUAUGAUACCAAGAGUUUAUAUCUCUUCACCUAUCAUUAGGUUUUGUGUAUGUGCAACCUCAGGGUUAUGUGGUGGUUAUUCAAAUAUAUUGAUUCAAAAUUUGAUGCAGAUAAUGGCUACUCAUUCAUAUGGUGUUUUUAAUUACCCUGCACUAUAUAUAAUAUCUACUACUUUUUUUAUUUUAGCACUUUUACAGGCUAUAUUUUGGAAUUUAAGUCUAUCUAACUAUGAAGCAAUAUAUGCAGUUCCUAUAGUAAAUUCAGUAUUGAUUACAAGUGGAGGUUUGUGUAGUUUGGCUCUUUAUAAUGAAGAUUUGAAUACUGGUAGUACUAUGUUAUCUCCUAUUGAUGGAUUAUGCUUUAUGAUAGGUGCAAUAUUUAUUAUUUUUGGGAUAUUUAUAUUAAGCUUUUCAGGAAAAAAUCAUUCUAAAUGUGAAGAUAAAGAUAUUAUAACAUUAGAUCAUAUAGAAAUUGGAAUUGAUAAUAGUGAUGAAUUGAAAAUUCAGAAUAAUAUAGAAAAAAUGGAAAACAUAUUUACUGAUAAAUUAGAUAAUAAAAGAAUGUUCUUUCUAAAAAGUGUAACUUUUCCUUCAAUAAGUAAAGAUCAAAUAGCAACAAUAUAUAGUAGGAUCUCAAAUAAACUUUUUAAUAAGCAAAAUAGUGAGAUGAUGAAGUAUGGUUUAAAAUACUCAAGUACAAAAUAUAAUCAGAAUAAUGAUCAAAGUGCUAAUUUAAAUGAAAUAGAUCAUGAGACUAUUGAUAUUGAUAGAGAUCAUGAAAAAAAUAUAUUAUCAAAUAAUAUAAUUAAUAAAGAUUCAGAUAAUAUGUAUAAUGAUAUACUAGAGUAUGAAUGUGAGAUUUAUAAUUGUGAUGAUAUUUCAACAACUUCAUAUUCAAAGGUAACAUACAUACAUGACUAUAGUCAAAAAAAAAUAAAAUCUAUGGCUAGAUCACUUAGUAAAUUAUUUGAGAAAUCUUUAAUUAGUUAUAAAUAUAAAAACAAUACAAAUGAUAUUAAUGGUGAUAGAAUGCAGGAUUUAAAUAAUAUACUUCACGUGAAUAACCAAACUAUUUUUUGUAAUAACAAUUAUAAACCUAGUGCAAUUGAUGAAGAAUUAAAUAUAUCCCAACAUACUAGUAAAGUGUGGGAAGUAGGAUCUUCACCACAGAUCUUUACAUUGGAUAAUGGUGAACAUGAUAAUGUUGAUAAUGAAGGUAGAGAAUACUUUGAAACAUUGGUAAGUAAAAAUGUAACUUCUGAAAUAGAAUUGAAGGAGUUACAUAAAGAUAAUACAGAGACUUUAGAAGUAACAAAUAUAGGAAAGUAUAUGGAUGAAGGAACACAAGAAAUAAGUAUAAAAGGAUCUUUAGAUAAUCAAACUGGGAUUUAUAAAAGUAAAUCAUAA